AUGGCUCUUGACAGCAUAUGGGCUCCACAGGCAGCAAUCAUCGGGGAUGCGCCUGCCAAGAAAGUGGGUAACCAGGCCUCCCUGCAGGCACAGGUCCUCCAGACUGCCUCCUUAAAGGAUGGCCCAGCAAAGCGGGCAGUGCGGGUCUGCUGUAAGAGUUCCAAGCCAGGAGAAUCUACUAAAUCAACAGUGGCCAAGGAGAGGCCUAAGCCAGAGGUGACGAAAGCAGUGGUUGUGGACCUUGGCACUGGCUACUGUAAAUGUGGUUUUGCUGGCCUGCCAAAGCCCACCCACAGGAUCUCAACGACAGUAGGCAAGCCCUACAUGGAGACCACCAAGACCGGGGAUCAUCGCAAGGAGACAUUCGUGGGGCAAGAGCUCGUCAAUACAGAGGUUCGUCUCAAGCUGGUUAACCCUCUGCGACAUGGCAUCAUUGUGGACUGGGACACAGUAGAGGAUAUCUGGGAAUAUCUCUUCCGACAAGAGAUGAAUAUCGCCCCAGAGGAGCAUGCAGUCUUGGUUUCAGACCCACCCCUGAGCCCACAUACCAACAGAGAGAAGUAUGCAGAAAUGCUAUUUGAAACCUUCAACACCCCCGCAAUGCACAUCGCCUACCAGUCCCGCCUGUCCAUGUACUCCUACGGGAGGACCUCUGGCCUGGUGGUGGAGGUUGGCCAUGGUGUGUCCUACGUGGUCCCCAUCUAUGAGGGCUAUCCUUUGCCCAGCAUCACCGGAAGGCUAGACUAUGCAGGCUCUGACCUGACAGCCUAUCUGAUGACCCUGAUGAACAAUUCAGGGAAAUACUUCACUGAGGACCAAAUGUCCAUCGUGGAGAACAUCAAAAAGAAAUGCUGCUUUGUGGCCCUUGACCCCAUUGAAGAGAAGAAAGUCCCUCCCACUGAACACACGAUCCUGUACACUCUGCCUGAUGGGAAGGAGAUACACCUGUGCCAGGAAAGGUUCCUCUGCUCAGAGAUCUUCUUCAAGCCAUCGCUGAUCAGGUCCAUGCAGUUGGGCCUCCACACCCAGACAUUGUCCUGCCUCAAUAAGUGUGACAUCGCCCUCAAACGGGACCUCAUGGGAAACAUCCUACUCUGCGGGGGCAGCACCAUGCUCAGUGGUUUCCCCAACCGUCUGCAAAAGGAGCUGAGCAGCAUGUGCCCCAAUGACACCCCACUGGUAAACGUGCUACCCGAGAGAGACAGCGCAGUGUGGACUGGUGGCUCCAUCCUGGCCUCACUUCAGGGCUUCCAACCACUGUGGGUCCACCGCUUUGAGUACGAGGAACACGGGCCAUUCUUCCUCUACAGGAGGUGCUUCUGA